AUGUCAAUUAAAGAAGAUUUUUACAACAACUUAAGCUCUGUGUUGUCAAGUGUCCGAAAAGGCGACAUCGUCAUUAUUCUAGGCGACUUCAAUGCCCAAGUUGGAAACGACAACACAUCGCUACAAAAUGUCAUGGGAGUUCACGGCAUUGGCAGAAUAACUGAAAAUGGCCGUAUGCUCACCGAAAUGUGCGCUACUAAUAAUCUGGUUAUUGGUGGCACGUUAUUUCCCCAUAAGUACAUACACAAAGUGACUUCGGUGUCGCCGGACUCGCACACGGAAAACCAAAUUGACCAUAUUCUGAUCAGCAAAAAAUGGAGAGGCUCACUGCUCGAUGUAAAGAACAAGCGAGGCGCAGAUAUAGGAAGCGACCACCACCUUAUUUUGGCUACCCUACGUCUUAAAGUAGCAGCAGUCAAGAGGGAGAAUAAACAAACGCGAAGGCACAAUGUAUCGCAGUUGAAGGUGGCCGAAGUGGCAAACGCAUACAUUGAUGCUCUGAAGUCAGCUGAAAGAAGAAACAACCCUGGUGAGUCGCGUGAUCACUGGCCCGGUAUUAAAAACAUUUUUAUAACUGCUGCUAACAACCACAUUGGUUACAUCAAAACAAACCGAAAAGAAUGGAUAUCCGACGAAACUUGGAAUCUUAUUCAACAACGGAAAGCUGCCAAAGCCGCAAUCAAUACCGCUAGAACUCGAAGCGCGAAGCUUGAUUCGCAGAGAAAACACAACUUACUAAAUCGCAUGGUUAAAAGAAGCGCGCGUUGCGACAAAAGAAGACGAAUCGAAAACAUUGCUAAAGAAGCACAGGCCGCAAGCGAGACACACCGCAGCAGGGACCUGUAUAAAACAGUGAAGCAGCUAGCGAACCGCCCGUCUACCACUAGUAAGCCAAUCCGAGACGAGAAUGGUUCGCUUGCCAGCUCAAGUAACGACCAACUCAAAGUCUGGGAAAACUUUUACAAAACUCUACUCUCCAACACUGAUGGAAGCAGCAAUUUACAAUGA